AUGCUGGGAGGAAUACUGGGAGGGUACUGGGAGGAUACUGGGAAGGAUGCUGGGAGAAUACUGGGAAAGAUGCUGGGAGGGAUACUGGGAGGAUACUGGGAGGAUGCUGGGAAGGAUGCUGGGAGGAUGCUGGGAGGAUACAGGGGUGUGCUGGGAGGAUGCAGGGGGUGCUGGGCUGGAGGCAAGGGGCUGAGCUGGGCACGGCGGUGCGGACAGGAGAUGCUCAGCCUGGGGGGGACACGGAUCCUGGAAUUUGCUUUCUGGGGAGACAUCAGGCACCGCUCAUGGCCAGGAAACGUGUGUUUGCUUUUACAUACGAGUGUGAGUGAAAUUACAUUCAGUUUGAUCCAAUGGUAUCUUACGGGGUGGCGAGCUGGCUAAACAUGGCCAGAGAACCACGGCCAGACCAUUGCAGCAGCUGCCACCAGCGGGUACGGCACAUUUAGGAUGGGGUUUCACUCUGUAGAUCUGCUCAGCUGCUCCUUUUUUUUUGUUGUUUUGGGUUCUUUUUGCCUUCUUGUUUCUGAUUGCAGCUUCUAGACACCCCUUCUCCACUCGGUGUAUGCGCUUCAGCUCUGCAAAUUCAUUGAGAUAAAGAAAUCUGUUAGGAUCACAGCAUCCCGUCGCGCUGGGGGACAGGGACGUGCCCCUGGAAUGCUCCGGCUUGUGAGGUCAGACCGGGACGGCGUCCGUGUUCCUUGGCCACCGCGAUGCCGAGGGCCGCCCGAGCGAUGCUGGUACCCGCAGGACUCAUCCUGCUCUUGCUGGCGCUGGGCGGCCGCUGCGAGGACACGGUGGCGGCCAACGUGGGCCGUCACACCAUCGGGCGCAUCGCCGAGCUGCUGUCGCCCUCCGAGUGCCGCCGGCUCCAGGGAGAGCUGGCGCGGCCCGACGAGGUCCUGCAGGAGCUGGAGCAGCUCUCGGAGCAGAACAACCCCAUCGGCUCCUCCCGGCGCCACCGCAGCGCCCGCAGCGCCAGGGAGUGCUCGGAGGCUCUGCAGGACUGGCUGGAGACAGCAGGAGAGGUGACAACCUGGGACCGGCUGGCCGGCGGCCUCGAUGAAAUCGGGCGUCCCGACAUCGCCCGGGAGCUGGGGAAGGUCCUGAACCAGGACAGGAGCCUGGAGCUGCGCAGGAACGUGCUGGAGUACGGCCGCUCCGUGCAGCACCUCACGUCCUCGCUGCUGCUGGAGGGCGGCGGGCACGGCGGGACGCGGGCCAGGAGGGCGCCGCUCGGGGGGCCGGGGGGGCUGCGCUUCGAGAGGCGGCCGCCCCCCCCGUACAGCCGCAGCCUCCUGGGCUGGCUUGUGCCCCUGGUCUCCGGCAUCCUCGGGGGUUUCAUCGCCUCCAUCCUGUUCACUGUGGCCGCCGUGUUCUCCUGCCGCUGGGUGCAAAGCUCGGCCGCGCCUGAAGCGACGGUGGCACCUGAACUGGAGCAUCUCCUAGAAGCUGCUGGGGGGGAAUAUGAGAGCAAAUAAAACAUUGUGUGCUGGUUUGACUGAAAAUGGGUUAAUUUUCUCCAUGCAGUUAGAAAACUUUCUUUUCCAUAGCUAGCAUGCUCAUUAUUAUUGCUCAUUAUUAUUGCUGGGAGGAGUGGUGACACUGGAAGCUGUGCUGCCAUCAGAGACCUGGACAGGCUGGAGAGUUGGGCAGGAAACAAUGUAAUGAAAUAGAACAAGGGCAAGUGUAGAGUCUUGAAUCUGGGCAGGAACAACCCCAGGUUCCAGUGUAAGUUGGGGAAUGAGCUAUUAGAGAGCAGCGUAGGGGAAAGGGAGCUGGGGGUCCUGGGGACAGCAGGGUGACCAUGAGCCAGCACUGUGUCCUUGUGGCCAGGAAGCCAAUGGUACCUGGGGUGGGUUAGAAGGGGGUGGUCAGUAGGUCAGAGAGGUUCUCCUGCCCCUCUGCUCUGCCCUGGGGAGACCACACCUGGAAUAUUGUGUCCAGUUGUGGCCCCUCAGUUCCAGCAGGACAGGGAACUGCAUUUUAUAUCAAGAAAUGGCUCGUAUCAAUGCAACCAAUGUCAUGCGAGCACUGGAGAAGAAAGAGAAGGACGAAUAACCCUAAGUGUGGCUUUAACAAGAGGAACAGUUCACUGUACCCAGUGCCCUCAGAAAAUGUCGUUUCCUGAAGCGCCAGCGCAGCCGGUUCCUGGCACGGAGCUGCUGCUCUCGGGGCUCCUGCCCGCGGUGCAGAUCGGAGCUCAGCGGCCGCCCCGGCCUGGAGCCGCUGCUCCUGGGGAAAAGAGGCUGUUUUGCCAUCU